CGAUCGUUUCCCUUGGAGCCGUGGCUUGAUUGGCUGAAUUUCUUAAAGGGACGUUCGCAAUGCGCUGCGAAAUAAUUGAUCAAUUGAAAGGGAAUCGAGAGACGUGGAUCUGCAUAAAAUAAUACAAAAUUAGGGUACACCUGUGAUUUUACAAAACUUCUUCUUCGAGGUGUCAAAUUAUAAUGAAUUUUCUUUUCUCAACAUUUACCAAACUCUGAAACAUAAUUAAAUAGUCACUGGGGCAAUUAAAUGAUUUUACUUCUAGAAUUUGUUACAUAAUAAAUUGUUGGUACAUGGAGAACUUUUAUUUGUCGUUAUCCUUGUACUACAGGCUUUUGAUUCUACCCUAAUUUAUGCACCGCAGCGCAUGACAGCGCUAUUAUCUAUUAUGUUGCUCGCAAUUCAUUCAGCUCCAUUCUAUUUUCUGCCCACGCACUCUCCAUUCCGCUUUUUCUUUAUACUCGAUAAAUUAGUCUAUAAAAAGGCAAAGUGAAAACGAUUGCUUGUACACACAUUGAUGAUUCCUGCGAUAACAAUUUUAGCGACAAUGUUUUUCGUUCGUUAUGAUUGUACGUUGCCAAAGAACUUGUUUGGGGUGUGGCACUCCACCCCUUCAGAUUUUCACUUAUACAGAUCUUGAAAAAAUUCACUCGAUGAAAAAACAUUCAUGCCCGGCUCAGAUAACUCUUUGAACAUAUUGAAACACAUUCAAACGUUUUACACCGAAAAAUCUGAGAAGUUUUGGAAAAUGUUCACGUUGCGUAAAAGAUGUAGGAAGGUUGUGAAACAGAACGACACCUCUACAAUUCACUUAAUGUACAUCGAAAUGUAACUCUGCUGCCUUCGAAUGUUCCUCAAAAAUCGUCGCGAACAUUCCAGUCGUCCCAAAAUUUGCCCAUCGUGAUCUAUCGAUGUAUCUUUGCACGUGCAAUCGAAAAAGAUGCGAGGUUCUCGUCGCACGUUCCUUGGAAACGGGUUUUCUAUAAUUCCAGCGUAAAAGGUGUCGGGGUAACCCGUUAUUCUACCCGUUUCGAUAAACUUGGUUAAACGAUGUUCUUCGAUCCUUUUGGCGCGUCGCCGAGGAAGCCAUUUACUUGUCUAUCUUUCGGUGAAAGAACUACAGUUAAAAACGGCGACCAAUUGAGAACGGUAGUUAAGGUGUCCCGAGGUAGAGGGGUGAGCGUGUUUCAACGACAACAGCACGGUAUGCAGAUACGAAGCCAGGGUAAACCGGGAAGCCGUAGUUCGCGGAGCGUAGUAAUCGUAGUAGCUUCGGACAGUCAACGACAUCCCGAAGCCGCUGACAUUCUGGGAUUCAGAUAAACAAACAUGCGUCUGCUCUUCAAAAUCUUCCCGUUGCUAUCGCUACUAACGGAAAUCAACGCAACAGGGAUAGGCAAAGCAUGGCAGGUUCUUCCUCAGGCUAACGAUCAUUGGAGUCACUCGUCGUGGCCACGCUCCGACGCUUCCGCGUUUGAAGUUCGCAGCGUGAGCGGCGUGGGACGUCUAGACCCUCUGGAAACCGCCCAGAGGGUCUCAAAAUUCGAUAAAAUCGAACCAAAAAAUCUUGCUCUAUCCGAGCAUUUCUCAAAGGACGCCUCAGUUUCGCGCAAGCUACACGAAAAUCGGGACGAAGCUGGCGAUGUAUUCGAGGACAAAGUCUUCAAGGCGGGAAUCGUGAUGACGGUUCUACGGCCAGAGAACAGCGGAGAUUCGCUGAAAGAUGUAAAAGAAGUGAAAGGCAUGUCCAGAGUUCGUCGUGACGCGGAAAACGAGACAAAAAUGGAGCAGAUCGCCAGUUCGAAGAACGUUAGAGAGGUUCGAUUGAGCUCACCGGAGACUUGGUCUCAGGUCUCGACUCAGCCGCUAUCCGUAGAGUUCUCCCGUCGCGGUGGGUUGGACCAGAUGAUCCAACAGACAAUGGACGACGAGGACACUUCAAAUGCUAGAAGCUACCACGCUCCACGCGCUGACUUCGUGACCAGUCAUCACAGGAGGAGCUACGAUCAUCGAGAAGCACGAGAUAUGCCCGUGACCAGAGGGUACGACGAGUACGACUUCCCCUGGUACAGAAACGCCGUGAGAGAACGGGACUACGACCCUCUGGCCUACCGUCGUGGAUACAGCUACUACUAUCCCGACCGUUAUAGGAUGGAGAGAGACUUCUACAUGCGUCUGCCUCAGGAUUACUCCUAUUACUACGAUCGAUACAGGGACGAGGAUAUGGACCUCUACGGAAGAAGCAGACCCACCCCCAAACCCAAGAGGAUCAUCUACUAUGCGACGCUCCCAGAGAUCGUCAGGAAGCCAGUGGAUCUCAGAAACUAUCCCAGGCCCUACGACGCGACCAGAACGCCAGUUUCGAGGGAUGGCUCCUAUAAACGCAUUCCAGGGAACGUGGACCCUAGCAGAUACAGAUACAGACACCUGUACGACGGUUACGAUAACUAUGCAAAGAGAUCCAGCUUCGCAGAUCGAACUUACUCUUAUCCCGAUGACGAGAGUCGACGCAAAACGACGCUGGAGAGUCUUCGAAACAACGACCCGUUCGAUCAGAGCACCGAUAGGAAGUUGGCUAAUCAGAUCUCGGUUAGGAACGAUGGGAAACUGCCUUGGCCAGUGCAGAUCGGGACUGAGGUCAGCGUAAAAGACGAUGAAAGGAUCCCUGGAAGGAAGAUCUUCGGGGAGAAUAACGGAUACGAGAGAUUCCAGAGCGCACAGCUGCAGAAAGCGCCGGAUGCUACUGGCUCCAGCGAACUUCAGAGCGACAAUUGAAUCCUGAACGAAUUCUUUUCACAAUUUACAGUUGAAUCGAUGGAAGAAUUGACUCGAGUGAUCUGUCAUUCCUCCUGACAGAAAGAAUUUGUUUUGUUAUAUUAGAACGAACCAAAAGUUUCAUCCUUCUUUCUACGUUUACCUCUUCCGAGCCAACUUUCAUUACAUUUUUCAGGAAGAUUAAAAAAUCGUACAAUGCUUGUAAACGUUGGCAUCAGACGAUUAUUUUGUGUAACUCUUUCCACUACCUGAGUCGAUUCUUUCAUGGACCCGAUUGGAAUAGGUAAUUUUGAGAAGAAAUUUUUGAUCACUGUUUUACUUUGAUACGAAACUUUUUUUCUACGUAAUUUUGGUUGAGAGUAUCGAGUAUGUUCGUAUAUCAUUCAGGACGCUAGGAAAUCGUACUUGCUUUACAAGUGCAAAGUAUAAUUAAACGUAUUGUGAUUUACGGAAUCUCCGUUCAUUUUCCUACUUAUUUAUCGCUAUUUAUGAACUAUAAACAUAUUACUCGUGGCGUUUCACGCACUUUAUUUAAAGAGGAACGUCGAUCGCAUUAAUAUUUUCUACUAUGUUAUCAUAGCGACUCUAUAAGUAUACUCUUCAUUGUACCAAAUACAUUGUCUAAAGAAACUUACCCAAUUUGAAUUCC